AUGGCGAGCUCCAAUGUAGCAACUCGUUGGAGAGAGCUAAGUGGCCAGAAAAACUGGGAUGGUCUAUUGCACCCUCUGGAUCUUGAUCUCCGCCACUAUAUUAUUCACUACGGUGAAAGAGCUGGAGCGGUUGGAGACCUCUUCAACAAUAAAAAGGAAUCUAGCGGGUUCGGACAUAGCUUAUACCCGAAAGAAGAGUUUUUCUCGGGGGCUUGUCUUGAAAAGGGAAAUAAAUUCAAGCACAGCGUGACCCACUUCUUUUAUGCAGGCUCAGAUGCUGUUGAGUCUGCAUGGUUUGGAUAUGUGGCAGUGACCACAGAUGAAGGAAAGGCUGUUCUGGGAAGGAGGGAUAUUUUGGUUGCUUGGAGAGGAACCAUAACAGACUCAGAGUGGUUUAAUAAUGUAAACUUUUUCCAAACAUCCGCUUCAGAAUUAUUCGGGACUGACAACCAAGCUAUGGUGCACUCCGGCUUCCUUUCUCUUUAUACUGGAACAAGGUCAGAUUCUGCUCACAACAAGACUAGUGCCAGACACCAGGUUCGAGAUGCGGUAAGGGAACUGGUGAACAAGUAUCAAGAUGAGGAAAUAAGCAUAACUGUAACAGGCUUUAGCUUAGGCGCAGCACUUGCGACUCUAAAUGCAAUGGACAUAGUUGCCAAUGGAUAUAACAAGCCCAAAGACAAUGCACAGAAGUCGUGCAUGGUCACAGGUUUCGUAUUUGGAGGUCCAUGUGUUGGAAACGAUGGUUUGAAGGAAGUAUUUAAGAGACUUGGUGCUCAUGAUCUUCAUCUUCUACGCAUUACAAAUGCCAGAGAUCCCGUUCAUCGACUUCCAAUUGGUUCCUACAUCCAUUUGGGAGAAGAGUUAAAAAUUAACUCCACAAAGUCAAACUACUUGAAGUGGAAUGUUAGUGCUCACAAUAUGGAGAUAUACCUGCAUGGAGUUGCAGGCGUACAAGACGAAGGAUUUCAUCUGGAAGUUGAUCACGAUGUUGCACUUGUAAACAAAUAUUUAGACCGCCUGAAAGACAAGCAUAAAAUUCCUCCUAACUGGUGGGAAGGUGAGAAUCGCAAAAAUAUGGUUCAAGCAGAUAAUGGCCAUUGGACGGUUAUAAUUAAAGAAUAA